AUGGACGAUUUUAUUGCCACGCCGUCCGACCUCCGAGGCGCACGCCAUGUGGACAAAAUGGCGCCCGUGUCCCCGGACUCGGAGGGAGCGGGAGAUUCACAGACGGAACCCACACAGCCCGGAGACCUGGCACAAAUUAGAGCCGAGCUCACCCAGCUAUCCAGAAGGAUGCUAACCAGAGAGGACACAGGCUCCAUAGUGCAGGAACUUAGAGCAGCACUAAGAGAACAACUGGCAGGCCUGCGAACAGACCUGACAAACCUAGAGCAGAGAGUGGAUGAAAUUGAGACAGUAGUGCAGGACUGUGACGAUCAGCACAGAGCAACGGAGGUUGUGGUUACCAGACAAGGUAACAUGCUUAUCACCCUCCGGAGACAAGUGUAA